AUGGCAAUAAUGUUGUUUUUGGCGUCUCUUCUCCCAGUUGUAUUGGGCAGUGACUGUAAAUUCAUGCAGUUCGACUGUUCUGAUAUCUAUAACUCAGGAGAAACAGUCAGUGGGAUUUACUCCAUCUAUCCAGCAGGAGACAUUCCUGUCUGGGUUUACUGUGAGAUGAUCUCAGAUGGGAAAGUUGAAGAUAAAGGAGGAUGGACGGUGAUUCAGAGGAGAAUGGACGGCAGUGUGAAUUUCUAUCGGCCGUGGAAGCAGUACAAGAGAGGAUUUGGGAAUGUGGAGGGAGAAUACUGGCUGGGGCUGGAGAACAUGUACCAGCUGACACGUAACAACAAGUACAUGCUGAGAGUGGAUCUGGAGGACUUUCAAGGA